AUGAGCACCAGUAGCGGCGGGUCUUCGGGCCUGGGCCAGCCGGCCACGGUGGCCGCUGCGGGCCUGCUCGGACUGCGCGUUGGGGUUGCGGGUUCGGCUGCGGCGGGUCUCCCCAUUGCGGAGCGGUACCAGAGGACGCCCAAGUGCGCCCGUUGUCGCAACCACGGGGUCGUGUCGGCGUUGAAGGGGCACAAGCGCUACUGCCGCUGGCGGGACUGCGCCUGUGCGAAGUGCACCCUGAUCGCCGAGAGACAGCGGGUGAUGGCGGCACAGGUAGCCCUCCGGAGACAGCAAGCGCAGGAGGAGAACGAGGCCCGCGAGCUGAGCCUGCUGUACGGCUGCCACGACGGGCUGCUGGCCAUGCACCGCGCCGGGUACACCUUCUCGGCGGCCAUGGCACAGCUGCUGGCCAGGGACGCAGCGGCCGCCGCGGCUGCCGCUGCUGUCGCCGCGGGAGGAGGGACGUCCUCGCCGACGGCCACGACGACGUCGUCGUCACCGCCGCACGGCGGUGGACGCCUGGCUGCAGCCACCGCGCCGCCUGCCGUUGCCGCUACCGCAGCGCCAGACUGGAAGCGAGGCGGCGGCAGCGGCGGGCCCCCGUCGGACGCCUCUUCGUCGGAGGAGCCGAGCGGGAGCAGCGGCAGUCCGGCACCGGCAUCGUCGGCCACCGAGGACGGGACACACUGUGACGACAGCGACCGGUCGCCCUCGCCCGACCAGCCGCUGGCGCUGGACACGCGCUCUUCGCAGCGCCGGUCGCCGCUGGACACGCUGGCCAGGCUGUUCCCGACCAGGCCACAGUCGACCCUGGCCGCCGUGCUGGACCGCUGCGGGGGCGACGUCCUCCAGGCGCUCGACCACCUCCUGCUGCAGGAGCCGCCACCGCUGGACUACCGGCGGCAUGCACCGCCUCCUCCUCCGGUGACGGCGGCGGCGACUCUGCUCGGAGCCGUGCCCGCGUACCCGGGCCUUUUCCCGCCGCCUCCGCCUCCACCGGCCUCCUCGGCAGCGGUGGCUGCCGAGCACGCCAAGCGACUGGCCACUCUCUGGUCCCCGCAGCAGGCCGACCACCACAAGAGCGCAGCAGACUGA